CGCGGUACAGUUUCACGUCGGACUUAAAUAUGUGUCGGACCAUCAUACCCUAGGCUCAUACUGUAAAGCCAAUAUAAGACUAUUUCGCUGGUGCAGCGGCUUCGUUUGAGAGUUUGUGUGCUGAUAUAAUGAAAACAGUUACAUUAUCUGAGAGAAGUUGAUCAUUUCCUGAAAAGAUGUUUGUCAGACCGUUUCGUGUCAAAUCCAACACCGCAAUCAAAGGAUCAGACAGGAGAAAGCUCAAAGCUGACAUAUCUGCAGCCUUUCCUUCACUGUCUGCUGACGAGCUGUCUGAGCUGGUCCCCAACAAAGAGGAAUUAAAUGUGGUGAAGAUUUAUGUACAUAAGGGAGAUUCUGUGACACUUUAUGUUCUUCACAAAAAUCCACUGUUCUUUGAAUUGGAGAAACGACUUUAUCCCACAGUAUAUGUGCUUUGGCGCUACCCUACUAUCCUGCCAACAUUUAGGACAUGGCCUCCUGUGCUUCAAAAGUUGAUUGGAGGGGCAGAUCUCAUGCUGCCAGGUGUGGUGGCGCCUUCAAGCGGCCUCCCAGAUGUGAAACAAGGCGACUGCUGUUCUGUUACAUUAGUGAACAAUAGAGCUCCUGUUGCAGUUGGCACUGCUGCAGUGUCCAGAGACGAGAUGCAUAGUUUGGGUAUGAAAGGGAGAGGAGUGUGUGUUCUCCACGCGUACAUGGAUAAUCUCUGGGCUUUUGGAGACAAGUCAGGUCCUCCUCCUUUACCGGAUGCAGAGAGUGAAGGACAAGGGGUGAAUGGAGAGGAAUAUGAGGUCGAUGACAUGGAGGAGGAGGAGGCUGAGAAGUGUGUGGAGGAGGAGCAGAGUCCCUGUCAAACAGUCACAGAUCAAGCCUGCUCUGGUAUUGAGGAGCUGAGUCUGACUGAGCAGGAGGAAGAGAAAGGUGAUAAGGGCAAUGAGGAAGAGGAGGGGAACCAGGAUGACCAGAAAAUGCCACAAGAGCUAAUGGACGCCUUGCUGUUGCAGUGUUUUCUCCAUGCUCUCAAGAGCAAAGUGAAGAAGACAGAUCUCCCCCUGCUGACCAGUACAUUUCUCCGCAAUCACAUGUUCGCCUGCUGCCCAAGUGGAAAGCAACUUGAUAUCAAGAAAUCCAGCUAUAAAAAGCUGUCCAAGUUUCUACAGGCCAUGCAGAAGCAGCACAACCUUGUGCGAGUGAAAGAACUGACCAAGGGUGUGGAAAGCAUUGUGGAGGUGGACUGGAAAAAUCCAGAACUGCGUUCCAUCAAAGUUCCCGAGGAGACAGAUGUUGAAGCAACUCCGGUGCAGGAUGGAGGGGAAGGAGAACCUCUGUACCAUCCCCCUGAGAUCACAACUCUGUACUCUGUGUCAGCUCGACUGGAGCCUCUCUUUCUAGAUGCAAAGAAGAGGAAAGGAACAAUACUGCAGCCUGCUGAAGUGAGACAUAUUGUCACAGAGUAUGUGAAGAAGAAUGAACUGGUGGAUGAAAAUAAUAAGAAUUACGUGACCAUAAACCCUACUCUGUGUGACUGCUUGCUGGAUAAAUCAGAGUACCAGGAGGUCGAGUCUCUCAAGUGGGAUGACCUCUUUAGCAGGACAUUGGAAAGAAUGCAGGAGUGCUAUCAAGUUGUGUUCCCCGGACAAGCACCCAUAAAGAAGAAGGGCCACAUUGAGCCCAUAGACAUCUCUGUGGCUUCUCGAGGCUCCAAUAAGAAGGUGACUCUAGUAAAGAACCUGGAAGUAUACGGUUUGGAUCCUGCAGUCGUUGCCACUGCUUUGCAGCGUAGAGUCCAGGCCAGCUCUGUCUUACAGCCCAUCCCUGGGUCCAAGGACAAAGUGCUGGUCCAGAUCCAAGGCAAUCAGAUUCAUCAAGUUGGCAAUUUGCUACAAGGUCAUUAUCAAAUUCCUCGCAAGUACAUCCAAGGACUAGACAAAGCUCCAAAAGGGGGAAAGAAGAAGUAACAUUUCAACCUGCUAAACCAACCAUUUACUGUCUUUAAAGCUGCUUUACUGUCGGCCAUUCAUAAUAAAUACAGGUGAUUUACUGUCCUCUUCUAAAGGUUGAUGAAUGUCGCAAUUUUGUUGUGUUCUUUUGUACUGAUUCAGCUCUCAGAGAUAUUAGUAAGUUAUUGAUAGGAUCAUUUAAAAACAAGACCAGUAUUGUUUUACCUAAUUCCUGAUGGUGAAAAGAGCUUUUGGAAAAAACUAGGGCUGCCCCCUGAAAGUUGAAGAUUGGAAUCAUCAGUCGGAGACCCCUCAGUCGACUGAGGUUCUUCAAGUCGAGCAGUCAGGGGGUUUUUUUCAGUCAGUUUUGUCAGUGUGCAGUGUACUUCUGGGGUAUUUCAGUCCCCAGAAGAAACUGCAGAGUGAGCACUUCUCGCUUUCAGAGUAAGUCUGUGUGAGAUGAAUGCAGCUGCCCAGAGGAAGAGAGGCCUUGUCCGGUCAGACUCUGAGUUAAUGUUACCUUCUGUCUUUUGCUUAGAAGUGGUACCUUUACAGCUCACAGCAACUUGUCACGAUAUACUCUCUGGCUUUUCCGAUCCGUUGUUAGUAAUUAGCUUGCAUUAGCUCGGAGGGUGCUCUUGACUUGUUUACAAUUUUAUGUGAACGUCACUGUCACCCUGUUCAAAAAUCUGGCAGUUCAAUAACACUGUGCUUGAUAGUCUAAAUGAAGA